CCUAAACCCCCUACCACCCCCCUCCCGCAGAUCCUUUCCUGGUAUCCGCGUAUUGUGGUGUUCCCCAGCUUUGUGGACAAGGCUCGCUGCGACGAGGUCGUUGCCGUGGCCAGCAAGUUCAUGUACCCUAGCGGCCUGGCGUAUCGGCCCGGUGAGAAGGCGGAGGCGGAGCAGCAGGUCCGCACCAGCAAGGGCACCUUCCUGGGUGGGGACUCCUCACCCGCCCUGAGGUGGCUGGAGGAUAAGAUUGCGGCUGUAACGCUGCUGCCUAGGACCAAUGGAGAGUUUUGGAACGUCCUCAACUACAAGCACUCGCAGCAUUACGACUCGCAUAUGGACAGCUUCGAUCCAAAAGAGUACGGCCCGCAGUACAGCCAGCGAAUCGCGACAGUGAUUGUCGUACUAUCUGACGAUGGGCUCAUGGGCGGCGAGACGGUGUUCAAGCGCGAAGGAAAGAGCAGUAUUAACAAGCCAAUUAGCAACUGGACAGACUGCGAUGCUGAUGGCGGGCUCAAGUACAAGCCUAGGGCCGGCGACGCUGUCUUGUUCUGGAGUGCGCGGCCAGAUGGACAGCUCGAUCCACACGCGCUGCACGGCAGCUGUCCAGUAGUCACUGGAAACAAAUGGGUUGCGGUUAAAUGGCUGCGUAAUAAGGGCGAAUAUGACCAUGAUAAACCUUGAUGGGGGUUUUAGACCAGCAUGGCAACCAGGAGGAGGAGAAUAGCAGCUUCCAAUGGGCUUAAGGCACUGGAUUAGUUACAUUUACAUUAUCAAAUAGCUUAAUAUUAGGGCCUUGGUAAGGGCAAGUAGUUAAAAGAUUCUAGUUUGCCUGGAUAACGAACUGGAGUGACCAGAUAGAACCAUGGGACACGCCGUACCGGGCAUUGGAAGCUCUGCGUGACAUUCUUACAGACGUUGUGUCCUUGAAUUUAAAUUGCAUGUUUUCG